AUGAGUCCAAGUUUCGCGGAAAGUUCUACUACUGCACCUGAACAGCAAGUCGAAGAAGGCAAUAUGAGCACAUCUUCUCCCGAAACCCGAUCGCUUGCUGUUCCUCCUCCUUCUCAGACCAAUAGCAGCUGCACCAUGGCCAACUCAUCCAACAAAUCAUUCUUCAGCAGCAGUAGCAGCAGUAGCAACACCAUCAAUAAUGCUCCAUCACCACAACCCCCAUCCUUCAAAAAAGAAGAAGAAGAAGAAGAAAAAGAAGAAGAAAAAGAAGCAACAAAAGCACCACAACCACCAACCUUCCCCUCCCACUAUCCCAUCCUCCCCCCCUUGCCCCCUCCUCAUCCUCCUCCCCUCCCCCUUUCCCCCCUUUCCUCCCUCCUCCUCCUCCCCCGCGCCCGCCACCUCCUAACCUCCGCAAUCCACGCGCGCCUGCUCCUCCCCCAGGACACGCACGGCCCACCUCUCAAACUCCUCCUAGACAUGCUCUGCCCGGAAAUCCCCGGACAAGCAGAUUCUCUUCUGUAUAAUUUCAGUUUCCAAAUCGAAGGAGUCAAAUUGCUGAGAUUGAGCGCUCGAGCGAGGAGGGCGGUGAGUUUGUUGUGGGUCGCGCAGGUCGCGGGGUUGCUGGGUUUGUUGGGCAAUGGUUGGGAGAGGGUUGAGGCGGAGUGUUUGAGGGUUUGGCAGAGUAUGGUUGAGGGGGAUGCGCUUGUUAGGUCGGGGGAGGAUUUGGCCGGUGUGGUGGAGAUUUUGAGGAGGGAGGGGGGUGAAGGGGGUGGAGGGGGAGGUUGA